AUCCUGCAGCGAGCAGACUGUCCAGACUUGUACUGUGUAGUUCACCGCGGAGUACUCUAUGUUCUUAUAUAAUAUUUGGUAGGCUGUUAUUUUGAGAAAAAAAAAUUAAACGUGCAAGAAAAGAUGCAAAACAAGUUCAGGCGUGUCGGCAGCGUGGGCUCAACGACGUGUGCACUUUAAACUUUCACAUUCAUAAUCGGCUCGCUGACGAGUCGCUUUCGAUAGCAGACACGGAGCAUGUUGAAGUGAGCUGGUCCGGACAUGGAGGCACCUGAAGCGCACCCGGAGACCAGAACCUCGGAGGGCUGUUUCCACCGGACCUUCUCGGCUCUAACUGUGGACGACGUGUAUGAAAUAGCCAAACUGAUCGGCGCCGACGUGGAGAAACUGAUCGACGGCUGUGGCAAAGAGAACGUCGUCGGUCUGGUGCCGAAAAUAGUGAAAGUGCUCGAGCUCUUGGAGAACUUCACGUCGAGGAACCACGCGCACAAACUGCGGGAGGAAGAGCUGCUGAAGACGUUUGAGACGCUGCAGCUGCAGCAGCAGAAGAAACGUGCGGGGAGAGAAAGCGACGAGGGCAACGACAAACAUGAGAUACGGGAGCUGCAGCAGAAGGAGCAGCAGUGGCGACGGAGGUGUGAGGAGCUGGAGGCCCAGGUACAGCAGCUCCAGGAGGAAAGAGAGGAGCUGCAAAGCAGACUGAAGGGCAGCCAUGCACAGGAAGACCGUGCCCAGCGGCAGGAGCGAGAGGUGAUGCUGAAGCUGAAGGAGGUGGUGGACAAGCAGAGAGAUGAGCUGAGGGCCAAAGUCCAGGAGAUAACCACCAUUUCCAAAGAGGCAGAGGCGCUCCAGGAGCAGUUGGAGCGCUUCAUGAAAAUGAAUGCGGAGCUGCGACACAAGCAGAGCGUGAUGCAGGCCCAACUGAAGAGCACCGUGGAGAGGAAGGCCGACAUGGAGGCCGACCUGAAAGAGAAAAACCAAGAGAUAGAAAACCUCCAAACACAGCUGGACCAAAGCAACAGCAACAUUCCUUCCUGUUCGAGUAAAACAGCUCCCGAGUCCAAGAAAAAGUCGACAGACGACCAGAAGGAUCCCGAUCGACCGUGCUUCACCAAGAAGGAGGUGCGUGACAUCAUUUUCGAGCGCAACGAGCUCAAAACCAACCUGUUCCUGGUGCAGGAGGAGCUCAACUACUAUCAGAGGGAGAUCCUGAAUGAAGAGAGGUGUCCAGGUUUCCUGUUGGAAGCUGUCCGCUCUGCCAUUAAAAAAAGGAGAAAGCUCAUUAAGGCAAAGAUGCUCGGCUUUGGUGAAAACGACUGCAGCAGCAGUGACGAUGAGGAGAGGGGUUCUCUGUUUGGGCAGACAGAAGUCGAUGGCUCUGAGGUUGACGGCACUGACAAACCCGCUGAGUCACGCAUUCGAAACCUCUUUGGCUUCCUGACGCGGUCGGGCAGCGGCCAAAGUCACACCCACAUGAGCAACUCCGCCUCCAGCUGGGAAAUCAUCGGAGACUCAGAGACCACUGAUGAGACGGGGCUGGGACCGUCCCCCUGAGCCUGGUACUGACCACAGAGGUCACGCUGUGAGACGCCCUUCUUCCCUCAGACAAGACUUCUUCCUCAGCUUGGGACAUCAAAUGUGGUUCAGGACAAAAAAUCACGUGGACAUGUGAACGCAGCCCCAAUGUGUAUCACACAAAAGGACUAUGUGGGAAAAGAAAGUGAAUGGAAGUGAACAAACUUGGCUGCUUUCAUUUCCUCUUUCAUUUAUUUCAUUCUUACUCUUGGUACCCUUAAUGUUUCACAGAAGUGAUCAAAAAGUACAUAUAGUAUGCUAGUAAUACAGCAUAUACGGUACAGUGUACCAUACUAAGGGAUACUUUUUAACCACAAAAAAAGAUAAUUUCAUGUAUGAUAAAUACAACAAUCUUUUAAUGUAUUUUUUUAUCAUGAAGAAAGUGCAAAAUGGGUUAUUGCGCAUAUAUAUAUAUUUAUAUAGAUCCUCAAACUUCUUUAACAACAACCAAAGACAUGUAUAUGAAACUCUCCCCUCCAGUAAUAUUGAAACAGUGAGUAUGUUAAGUUCACAUCUGUUUGUCGGUUUAUUUAAUUACAAUCAAGAUUUUACAACUAUUAUAUCAACUGACUUUUACCUCAGUUGGGGGAUGUUUAAGCCAUUUGUUAACUUGUGUUUGCAUGUUAACUUCAUGAUUUCUUCCAGCAGUGAGUGCAUUUUAAUCCAGUGAGCCUUAAUUUACUGCAUGUAUUGUUUUAAAAUAUAUUUUCCUAAUCUUCCGUCCUUGCACAAAGCCCUUGGCUAGUGUGUGUUGGAUGCUGGUGCCAUACAUGUCCAUGUGUAUAUGUACAGUAUGUGUCAUUCUGUCUGUACAGUACACGCCUCUAAUGACAGGUUACUUUACUCUGUUCCCUCUUAAAGGAACAGUGUGUAGUAUUUUGCAGGAUCUAUUUUGUCAGAAAUUGAAUUUAGUAUUCAUAAAUAUGUUUUAUUUAGUGUAUAAUCACCUAAAAAUAAGAAUAUUUGUGUUUCCCUUACCUUAGAAUGAGCUGUUUGUGUGUACAUAGCUAGAGCGGGUCCUCUUCACAGAGCCGGCUGCAAUGUUUCUACAGUAGCCCAGAAUGGACAAACCAAACACCGGCUAUAGCCAUUCACCACGCUUGGCUUUCCGUUGGUUGUAAUCUGCAACUUCACCCAUAGUUGCCGCCAAAUACUACACUCUGAACCUUUAAAUCUGAUCAUAACACUACUCAGACAAAGACAGACAAGUGGGGAGACAAGAUAUGACCUUCUAAUGUUUUCCUAAAAACUGUGUUCACAAUAAAUUUUUGUAAGCAUGUUUUUGCUGACAAAACAGAUUUAAGAUGUCAAUUGUCACAUGAGUGAAUUGUUUUGAUGAAAUAUGAUUUAAAAAAACAAUUAAAAACGUGGAUUUUCUGUUUUGUUGAGGUUUGAAGAUUCAAUAAAAUCCCUU